CAACAGUGCCUUCUAUGUCCAGGGAUGACAACUACAUUAUCAGAAGGGACCAUCUCAUCAUCAAGCUGCAUCGAACUGGAUGCAUGUGUCAGCAAUCCGUGUGGCAAUGGCGGCGUCUGUAACAGACUGAUUGACGGUUACACGUGCGUCUGUCUGUCGGGUUUCAUCGGCGACAACUGUGAAGUGAACAUAGACGACUGCGCGAGAAAUCCCUGUCUAAACAACGGAACCUGCGUAGAUGGGAUUGACACUUACUCUUGCGUAUGCAGCCAGGGUUAUACAGGUAACACUUGUGAGGAAGACAUUGACGACUGUCAACAUCUACCGUGCCUCAAUAACGGGGCAUGUGAAGAUCUAGUAGGCAGUUUUAUCUGUCACUGUCAACCGGGCUUUAUGGGAGCCACGUGUGAAAUUACAGUUGAUGCUUGCUACCAUCAUGAAUGUAAAAACAGUGCAACGUGUGUUAGUCAGGAUACGUCAUACGAGUGUGUCUGUCCAAAUGGCUUCACAGGAGAUUUGUGUGAGACAAACAUAGAUGACUGUCGCGGAAACCCUUGUCUUCACAACGGCGUGUGCGUUGAUGGUGUCAUGGACUUCACAUGUCUGUGCACCAUGGGCUACACGGGUAGUUUGUGCGAGGUUGAUGUGGAUCUUUGUGACUCGGGACCUUGUCUAAACAGCGGUACUUGCGUAGACCUUGGAGACGACUUUGCUUGCCAGUGUGUCGAAGGACUGUCGGGGAAAACAUGCGAGUCACCUAGAGAUCCGUGUUCAGUUCAACCGUGUCUCAACGGUGGCAGCUGUACGGUGCAACCGCAAACGGGUGACUACGUCUGUAGCUGUGCACAAGGCUUCGCAGGCAUACAAUGUGAAAUAGACAUCGACGAGUGCGCAUCUGGACCCUGUUCGAAUGACGCUAUUUGUUUAGACGGGAUAAAUCAGUAUUCCUGCGCCUGCACCAAUGGCUUUGUUGGUCACAACUGUGAAGAAGCAGUAGACCACUGUGCUUCAUCCCCGUGCGGCAACAACUCCACCUGCCUCUCUGAACGAGAUGGGUACCGCUGUAUCUGUCCUCCUACAGCCACAGGACCGACAUGUGGUACUCCUGUAGAUCUCUGUACAUCAUCGCCAUGUGUAAACAAUGGGUCAUGUGUAGUAGAUGGCAACGGCUACACCUGUUAUUGCAGUCCUGAUUUCACAGGACCCACGUGUGAUACAGAAGAGGAUAGUUGCGAGGAUGACCCUUGCGCAAACGGCGGGCUAUGUACCGAUGGCUUUGGUACCUUCUCCUGCGCCUGCCCCGACGGCUACACUGGCUUAACGUGCGAACAGGAGAUCAACGAAUGCACCAGCAAUCCGUGUCAAAACUCGGGCGUAUGCGUCGACAAGGAAGCCGGAUACGAUUGCUUGUGCCCCAAAGGUACCUCAGGCAACCAUUGCGAAGAGAACUUUGACGACUGCCACAACGUAACUUGCCUUAAUGGCGGUUCGUGUAUUGACCUUGUAAGCGCAUUCCUCUGUAACUGCUCCCCAGGGUACGAAGGGAAAUUUUGCGAGAGCGAAAUCAACGAGUGUAACAUCUAUCCCUGCAGAAACGCAAGAUCCUGCCGGGAUCUUCUGAACGACUAUGAGUGUGAAUGUGAACCAGGAUGGACGGGUAAGAACUGCGAGACGAAUAUCGAUGACUGUUUCCCGAAUCCUUGUGGCAACGGCGGGGUAUGUCAUGACCGUGUGAACAGCUACACAUGCUCGUGCUUGGGCGGGUUUUCGGGGCUCCAUUGUGAAGUCAACAUUGACGAAUGCAUGGAGGUUCAAUGCGAAAACAAUGGUACUUGCGUUGACGGUGUAGGGACUGCGUCUUGCGUCUGCGGGUUAGGCUGGACAGGUACAAACUGUCAAGUGGAGAUUGACGAGUGUAGCUUGGAGCCUUGCAUGAACGGAGGAGGGUGUGUUGACACCAUCGGGUCAUUUGUCUGCAACUGCGUCGACGGUUUUACGGGAAGGCUCUGUGAAGAAGACAUAAACGAUUGCGACAUACCAAGAUGCAUGAACGGCGGAACAUGCGUAGAUCAGGUUGCCAGGUACAUGUGUAGGUGCCCUCCAGGCUAUACCGGUACAAACUGUGAAGUCAACAUCAACGAAUGUUCGUCACAGCCUUGCAGGAACGGCGGGCAAUGUAUUGAUGAAUCCGAUGGUUUUAUCUGCGUCUGUCCUCAGGGAUUUUCGGGUCGAACAUGUGAUGUCAACAUAGACGACUGCAUUCCCAACAUGUGCGAGAAUGGAGCAACCUGUCUGGACGGGAUCGGUGACUACACCUGCAUUUGCAAACUAGGAUUCAGUGGCCGUCGUUGUGAAGUAGAUGUUGAUGACUGUGCCAGUCGUCCUUGUGAGAACACCGCAACUUGCCUGGAUGGAGUCAAUGAGUACACUUGCCUAUGCCCACCGGGAUAUUCUGGGGUGAGGUGUGAAUAUGCCCUUCCUACAGACUUCGACAUCCAUGUGACCUCAUCAGACAGCAAUCACUACUCAGAGGUUUCCAAGCAAAACAUCCACAGCAUGUCUGCCAUUGCCUGGUGGAUGCGUGUAAUGGACGCGCCAAACAACUACGCCCCGGUAACAGUGGCCGUCACAAGGAAUAACAGUGACGCGAGGGAACCUUUGUUCAUUGUACAAAACCCAAACCGCAUUGAGCUUGUUUUAUCGGGUACUAUUAUCCAGUCGUCUGUGAACUGUGCCGAUGGCGGAUGGCAUCACGUGGCCGUCUCAUAUGAGCCUGCGUCAGAGGUACUGGCUCUUUACGUCGACGGAAUGAUGGAAAACACAACCCGCGUACCCAGUCUCCAAAACUCGUCACCAGCCGACGGUUUUGUCGUCUCUGUGGCCACUGGGGUGACCAAUGCUAACAUCGGAGACUCCGCGUUUCAAGGGGAGAUCAGCCAGCUGAACGCAUGGGCACGAGAGUUGUCGCAGUCCGAGAUUGUGGAACUCAGCAGUACCUGUCAGACAGUGGCCGUAGGGGAUGCUGUUGCGUGGUCUGACUUCGUCGAUGCUACACAGACGGAUCCACAGUAUGGUGCCAUUUCGUCGCCGUCAGUUUGUGACUCUGAAGACCAAUGUGAAAGCUCUCCGUGUUUGAACGGUGGUACUUGCAGGGACGGAUAUCUUACCUUCACCUGCACGUGUCCUCACAGCCACGUGGGACAACGUUGUGAGACUCAACUCAACCCCUGUGAUGGGAACCUGUGUCAGAACGGUGCCGCCUGCGUAGCUGACGUGACAAGCAUGACAUAUACCUGCAGCUGUCCUGAAGGGUGUUCAGGAGAUUUGUGUAACGUGCUGUCAGUUAAUGGUGGCUGGAGCGAGUGGAGCCAGUGGAGUGCUUGUACUGCCACUUGUGGCAACUCAACACGCUCCCGACAGCGUCUGUGCAACAACCCUCCUCCGCUAGGCGGCGGGAACCCAUGUACCGGAGUUUCUCUGGAGACAGAGGCGUGUGUUAACAUACCAGACUGUACUCGUAUGUGA